CCGCUUGCCAAAGCCCAAAGCUCGCGAGAAGAGGGGCAGAACAAAUAAGAUUAAUAUUCGUGGCUAAUACGAAAUAGCCUUUUUUUUGGAAACAAAUCAAUCCAUAGUGCUUUUCAUUUGUUAAAAAAUCAAAUUAUUCGGUCGUUUGUUAUUUUAUUAUACAGUCAUUCGGCUUUUAUCAUUUUAAUCAUUAUUAUUGGUACGAUCAUCAUCAACAUAUGAAAAGCCGAACGAUAUACGUAUUUUCUUUUUUAGUUCGUUAAGAUCGAAUUUAAGGAUUCUAAAAAUAUUCGGUGAUUCCAUGAUAUAUAUUUCGUCUAUCAAUGUCUGAUGCCACGACCGAUCAUGUGGACGCUGUGGAGGAUGAAUUGGAAGUUGAGUCGAAUUACAAACCUCCUCCGGAAAAAACGAUUGAACAAAUUUUAGAGGCAGAUAAGGAAGACGAAAGUUUGAGAAAAUAUAAAGAAACGCUGUUAGGGGAGGCCAAAGCUGGUGGAGUAAUUGUUGAUCCUAACGAUCCUAGAAAAGUAAUAGUUAAGAAAUUAGCACUUUGCGUAGCAGACCGUCCUGAUAUGGAAUUGGAUUUAUCUGGUGACUUAUCGCAAUUAAAGAAACAAACUUUUGUUAUCAAAGAAGGUGUUAGUUACAGAAUUAGAAUUGAUUUUAUUGUACAGCGUGAAAUUGUACAUGGAUUGAAGUAUGUGCAGAAAACUUAUCGCCUAGGUGUACCAGGAGUUACAGUGGAUAAAAUGACACACAUGGUUGGAUCAUAUCCUCCAAAAACUGAAAUACAAUCCUAUACCACUCCUGCUGAAGAUGCACCUGCAGGAGUUAUGGCACGAGGUUCGUACAGUGUUAGUUCUUUAUUCACUGACGAUGAUAAACACGAACAUCUGAAAUGGGAAUGGUCUUUUGAAAUUAAGAAAGAUUGGAAGGAAUAAAUCUAUCCUGUCAUUCCACUGAAAAAAGAAAACAAGGAAAAGAUACGAGAGAAUGUUUUUUUAACUUUACAAUCAUUCGCAGUUAUAAAUAUAAGAAUAAUGGGUACCAUCGUAGAUAUACUUUGAUGAGUUACGAAUGAUCUUGAGUUGAUGGUACUAUAAGAAUUAAUUAUACAUACUAAGUAAUGAAAAAAGAGUAACAUAUAUUGGUAUUUAUUUAGCAUUCACUUCCCAUUGUAAUCAGCUAUUCACAAAUGUUUGAUUCACAAAGUAGAUAUCAUUGUGUUUGUGAUGAAUGGUCAGUAGAAAAAUAUACCGCAUUGUAGAUUAAAAUGAAUCUACAAUUGUCAAACACAAAAGUAUUUAAAAAUGGAAAGUAUUAUAUAAUUUGUGAAUUAAUAAUUUAAAUAACAUACAACAAUGAUCCGGUGAUAUUUAUCUAUUGAAAAUAAAGGAGAGAUAAAAACAAUAUUGUAAGGAUUUUGGAUAGCACGAUCUUUAGGGCGUUAAUGUGUACACAUACUUAAAAUUUGGACUUAACAGUUGGAUAUAACAUUACAUAAAAAUGGGACUUAUACUUUUACUAUUGUAAAGCUUUCCCAAAUUUAUUUCCGUAAUUUAUGAGGUAUCUCUGGUUAAAAUUACACUUGAGAUGAAAAGAAAAAAGAAAAAGAAAUCUGGCAUUAUAUGAAGUAUGAUGAGACAUACAUACAUACAUACAUACAUACAUACAUACAUACAUACAUACAUAAACUCGAUAUUAGUGAACUUGGUUUAUCAAAGAGAUUAUAUAGCUCUGUGUCUGAGUGAUCAUUCGAAAGAUAAUUAUCUGAUUGAAGUAUGUGUAUAUUUAUGAAAAUUAUAAAUCAUGAGUGCAUCAUAGUUAAAUAUGAUAAAAUGUACUAGAACGUAUUGGAAUUAUAAAUCUUCUGUUUGUGAGCUUCCAUGGAAAACUAUAAUCUUUAAUAUAAGCCAGCUAAAUCGAAGUUGCUUUUUGGUGAUUCAUUUAUAUGUCGUUUGUUUAUACGAAAGAAUACUAGAAUGUUGACAUCGCAAGGGAAAGCGCACAUUACAGACAUUAAUAAUUGUAAAAAUGACUAUAUCCAAUGGAUCAUUCAGUACAGACUGUGCAGCAUUUUAAAUAAUGUCUUUGUAUAUGCUAAGAUUAUCCGUAACCUAUGUAACAUAAUUAUCAACAAUGUAGAAUAGACCUUUUAUACCUCAAAACAAAAUCAUAGUAGCCAAUGCUGCAAUAGAUACAAAGUUAUGGACGUUCAAAAUCUAAAAGGCGUUUCCAGAAAUAAUGUGAUUGAAAAGAAACCCCUGUUAUAUCGAAUAUCUUGUUAAAUAUUAUUUCAAUAAUAUAUUUUCCAUGUAAAAAUGCCAUCGUACGAUCUAUUUGCACACUAUUAUUUUCUGCCGUAUUAAAAUAAUUUUCUAAUUCGUACUAUGUUACGAUAUGUCGCAAGAUUUGAAAAUUAUGAGUGCAGAGUCGAGUAGCUUAUUGUCUCUCAUGUGUAUUAUGUGUAUUUAUUUGUAUUACGCGGUGCAGUAUAUAUUGUAAUCGUUAAUAUAGUUGCUGUAUAUUAAAUAUACAUUUUAUACCUUUUUCUUCCAGA